AUGUCUAGAGUUGCUACUGCCACUGGUUAUAUAGAAGAACAAAGUGAAGAACAAGAACUUCGUCAAAGAUUACCAAAACCACCAGAAAAAAAAAUGAUACCAUUAUUUCAUCGUCGAAAAAAACCAACAAAUGUUUUUCAUUUAAUGCGAUAUUUAUUAUUUAUAUUAAUAUUUUUAACAUUUGUAUUAAUAUUAUAUUCAUCCUUAUCAUUAUCACCAUUUCUUCGUUUACUUGAUCCAUAUUCUUAUGUAUUAGUACUUGAUGCUGGUUCAACAGGUACACGUCUUCAUGUUUAUAAAUUUCAUGCAUCAACUGAUUCUGAAAAUGGUGAUACAUUUGUUUUAAAAAGUGAAAUAUUUAAAGAACAUAAACCCGGUUUAUCAUCAUUUGCUGAUCAAGUUCAUAAAGCUGAAGAACAAAUAAAUAAUUUAUUAAAAAUAGCCGAUAAAGAAGUUAGUCGAUUUAAACAUCGUGGUACACCAUUGGUUUUACGUGCUACAGCAGGUUUAAGAUUAUUAAAUGAAACAAAACAAAAAUUAUUAUUAGAUGCUGUAUCAAAUACAUUUAAUCAAUAUGGAUUUUAUAGACCUAAGAUGGAUAUUGCUGUUAUGAAUGAAACUGAAGAAGGAAUUGAUGCUUGGCUUACUCUUGUUUAUCUUAAAGGUGAACAAUUUUAUGCCAGUCGUAUAGCUGCCCUCGAUUUAGGUGGUGGUUCAACUCAAAUAACAUAUAAUCCAUCAUUAUCAAAUACAAGUUUAGCUGAAAAAUUAAAUUUAUUAUUAAAAGCUCAACAACCAAUUCAACCAGGAGAAAUAAAUGCAUUUCGUGAUCUUAUUAAUAAAAAGAAAAAAGAAAUGCCUAGAAUUGAUGUUAAUCAAGCUGAUUUAGAAGAAAUAAAACCAGUUAAAAUAGUUAAAAUUCAAGAUAUAUUAAAUGAAAAUACAAAAUUAAGUGAAGAAGAAAUAUUAAUGGCACAUAUGCAUCAAUUUCGAAUGUUUCGUCGUGAUAUAAAACUUUAUUCACGUUCAUAUUUAGGUUAUGGUUUAAUGAUUGCUCGUCAAACAAUAUUUAUUAAUGAAACAAAUAAUAAAAAAUUAAUUGAAUCACAUCAAUUAAAAAGUCGAUGUUUUCUAAAUGAUAUUAGUGGAAAAUUUAAAUUUCAAGAAGUUAUUUGGACUGUUCAAUCUCAUUCAGAUGUAGAUGAUGAGGAACGUUUUUAUUCAUGUAUGUCAAUAAUUGAUAAUUAUGUUGGUUUAAAUGUAAAAACAGCUGUUGGUCUUGAUCAAAUGUCGAUAUUUGUAUUUUCAUAUUUUUAUGAUAUAGCAAAUGAUGCUGGUUUAUUAUCAUCUGAAGAUGAUCCAUCAUCAAUAACAACAAUGCCAAUUCGAGUAUUAAAACAAACAGCUAAAAAUGUUUGUCAUGGUCGAACAACAACAUCAAAAGAACAUCCUUUUUUAUGUUUUGAUUUAACAUAUAUUUAUUCAUUAUUAACUAAAGGUUAUGGAUUAUCUGAAGAUAAUUUAAUUCAUAUUUGUAAAAAAAUUCAACAAUUUGAAGUCGCAUGGUCUCUUGGUUUAGCAUUAAAAUUGUUAUAG